GAGGCGCGUCCUCGCCCGCUACAAGGAGCAGCAUCUCCCGCUGAGAAGGAGCACCGUGUCCCUGUGCGUGGCGGAAGGAUACACUAACCCCGAUGUCAUCUUGGUGCUGAGGCACUCGCAGAGCAAAAAAUGUCUGCCUAAGGGAAACUCCAAGUGGUACAAAUAGAGCAUAUUUCUAACUGCAAUUGCCGUUUAAAGGCAUAUUUGACGCGUAGAGAGGCAUACCGCGAGAAGGCGAGUCUUCACCAGAUCACCCUAGUCUGGAUUUUACUCUAAAAAAAGGUCUCAAGUUCGCCAGGAUGAAUCCUCAGCAGCGGAUUGCCGCUCUCGGAACAGACAAAGAAUUGAGCGACCUCCUGGAUUUCAGUGCGAUGUUCUCUCCACCUGUCAACGGCGGGAAGAACAGGCCGACGACACUUGGAAGCAGCCAAUUUAGUGCAUCAGGUAUGGAUGAGCGGCCCAACCAAACAUCUUGGGCCUCAGGUGGCGAUUCCAGUCCUUCGUACGAACCCUCCCGGGCUUUCACAGACAGCCCUCAUUAUGGCGAUCAUUUGAGUGACAGUCGAUUAGUGUCCAAUGAAGGAUUGUCCCCGACACCUUUUAUGAACUCAAACAUAAUGGCGAAAUCAGAGAGCGUUGCGUUACAUGCCUUUGCAAGGGAUACUGGAGCAUCCGGCUGUCAGCCAUCUCUACGCUCAGACGUAGGAGUGACAAGUCCUAGUUCAGGGACGACAUCGGCAAAGUCAGCCGCUUCUUUCUACUCGUUCAGCGCAGCUAAUCCCAGAAGACGUCCUUUACAGGACCCACCGCCUAUUGAUCCUCUACAAACAAAAAAGGUUCGCAAGGUCCCUCCUGGCCUACCUUCAUCUGUGUACGCCCCAUCUUCAAACUCGGAGGACUUCAACAGAGACUCGCCCUCCUACUCUUCUCCUAAGCCCUCCAGCAAUAUGUUUGCAAGCACUUUCUUUGAUGGUACCCACAGUUCAUCUGACCCUUGGAACUCAACCAAUGGGAUUAGUCAGCCCGGCUAUGGAGGAAUGCUUCCAGGAUCUUCAUCUCACAUGCCACAGUCAGGAAACUACAGCAGCCUGCACUCACAUGACCGUCUGACUUACCCAGCACACUCCGCUUCCCCAGACAUCAAUGCCAGUCUUCCUCCAAUGUCCAGCUUCCACAGAAGCAGCACAACCACUUCACCAUUUGUCUCUGCAACACAUACCCCGUCGGUCAACAAUGCAGAUGGGGUGCUGGCCGCCACAAAUCGGGGGAACGCCACUGGAAGCUCACAGACUGGGGAUGCACUCGGCAAGGCUUUAGCCUCGAUUUACUCACCUGACCACACAAGCAGUAGUUUUCCCUCGGACCCGUCCACGCCUGUGGGUUCCCCUUCACCUCUCACAGCCACAGCAGGCGCUGGCUCAGCAGGGACUGUGGUAACGGCUGCUGGCACCCCGUCUGGAAGACCAGGGACCAACCAGUGGCCGCGUCCUAGUGGACAAACCGCUUCUUCUCCAAAUUAUGAGAACUCACUUCACUCAUUGAAAAACAGAGUUCAUCAGCAGUUACAUGAGCAUCUUCAGGAUGCCAUGUCUUUCUUAAAGGACGUCUGCGAGUCGCGAAUGGAGGAUCGUCUUGACCGACUGGAUGAUGCAAUCCUUGUUCUGAGGAACCACGCAGUGGGCUCCACUGCCAGUCUACCCACCGACAUCCACAGUCUGCUGGGACAGGCACAAAAUGGGCAACUGGCAGCCAUUGGCGCAAGUUUCCCUGCCUCAGCGUUGACUCCUGGUCGGACAACAACAAUGGUUUCUUCACAUGCUGACGACACAGCAAGUCUGAACAGCCACGGAGGCCUACCAAGCACUGGCUCCACGUCCAGCACAGAACUCAACCAUCAAGUGGAAGCAUUCAGAGGCUUGGCUGGUCAGGUGGCCGCCACCUUGGCGCUGAAAGUGGAGAAGCAGGACAAGGAUGACAUGAAUGACUCGCUCUCAGGGGAUGACAAGUCGGAUGAUGAGAGCGACAGCCUGAAAACACCACGCGCUGGCACACGCACAAGUCUGACCGAGGACGAAGACCUGAACCCUGAGCAGAAAGCGGAGCGAGAGCGGGAGCGGAGAAUGGCCAACAACGCCCGGGAACGCUUGCGGGUGCGGGACAUCAACGAGGCCUUCAAGGAGCUGGGCCGCAUGUGCCAGCUGCACCUGAAGAGCGAGAAGCCUCAGACCAAGCUGCUCAUCCUCCAUCAGGCCGUGGCGGUCAUCCUCAGUUUGGAGCAACAAGUCAGAGAGCGGAAUCUAAACCCCAAAGCAGCCUGCCUUAAGAGAAGAGAGGAGGAAAAAGUGUCGGGCGGUUCCGGUGAUGGUCAACAAGGUCACACGGGGGUCCACCCAAGCUUGACUGACACAUCCAACCCCAUGGGCCACCUCUGAGGCCCGGACAGAUCCCGCACGCAGAACAUUUCGUCCCGUCUGAGAUGGCGACUUGGCCUCCUUGUGACGGAGGGGGCUCCCCGCUGCGUUUUACGCCACUUUGCGGAGGAGAAUAGACCACCAGAAGCCAAAAUCACUCAAGACUAACACAAUCCAGUCCCAAGACUGACAAGGAGCCUGCGCGGCAGUCCGUCCGCAAAUUUUGCCCCCAAAAAGCGAGAAGAAUCUCAAGCACAUAUCACGCAGAUCUGUAAGAAGCGUGUCGCUUCUGAACAAUCAUACUUUGCAAUCUCUUCCAACUUCACGUGGAGGUUGCCUCGUGCCUAAACUGAAUUGACGAAUGCAUUGUAACAGCAGCUUUUUUUUUUCUUUCUAUUUAUUACGUCCUUGAGCUCCAAGUGUAUGUCUUAAGGGAAAAUGUAGACAGUUUUCAGUUUAACCUGUAGUUUGCCAGUGUCGUUACAAAACAAAGCACUCCAGCCUGGCAAGUGAAAUAAGGGAAAAAGUAAGAUUGGCUAUGUUCGAAAUCGCUCCCUAUCCACUAUUUGGUACCCUUUCUUGUGAGUUUGCCAUUUUGCCAUGCUUUGCAAAUGUCUCGUGAGCAUCAAUUAGCAACUGUUUCGUGCUUUUCAUGUAUCCCUUGAUGCAUCUUGAAAUGAGGUGGAAAACUACAAAAAUCAAAUCGGAGUUGUGUCAGAAAAGUCCCAGGACUUGUGUCACUCAAGAUAGAGUUCAAAUCCAAACUAUGAGUUUCUGCUUUAGUGUGGGGAGAUGAGCAACCGGCACAUCUGCUCCCAAAGCCCUGAGCAUCGGACAGUUUCUGGCAGAGAAGAACAGCGCACUGCUGGAGGGAGAAACCUUUCUAUCCACACAACCUGGCUCCGUUUGAUUUCUUUUUCCCCCCCCCAAGCUCAAGGUGGGGCGUGGGGGGAAGUGUUUGCUUUAAAAACGUGGAUAAGAUCACGAUUGCUGCGACGACAAGGCUGCGAAGACUCGAAUUAAAAGAAGUGAUGAUGGGACAGAGAAAGGUGCGAAAGUGUUUUGGACUCCAAGGUGAUUACUUCCCAAGGGAAAACUCGUCGUUUGGAUUUGGAAAACUAUCGUUUUUCAUCAGUCCUGGAUCUUUUCUAACACAUCUCGUACAUCCCAUUAUGCCUUGUGAUGACAAAAAAAUUUUCGUUUCCGGGGUAUUGUUUGAUUGUUGGCAAGAGGCAAAGUGAUAAGUAAUGGUGCGAAAAUAUCUUUAAGAGAGCAACACAUCACAACACAAAUGGAUAUAAAGUGCUUUAUUUGUAUUCGUUUUGUAAAAUACACAAUAAAUUCACAAAUAUGGUCUUAUUAUAGUUUAUUUAUUUGUUCAAUAUUUAUUUCAAAAGUUCCACCAGCUGACAUCUGUUGAUCCGGUACAUUUGCGAAUUGGGUUCAAAACAAUUUUUCAUUUGAAUAAUGAAAGUACACUAUCGAGUUCACUUUGUUGUUAGUCUAGUAAUAUCAUUGCAUGUGUCAAUUUUAACUUACACUUCCAAAAUAUUUAAAAUCUACCGAUGUAAUGGAAGAAUGCCCCCAUCCACCCUGUUUUCCAAAAACGUUAAAAAAUGACUUUGGCAACUAUCCUAUUAGGCUAAUGAUUAAAAAAUAAAAUCACUAUACAAUGGAACCUUGAGAUACAAGUACAAUUGUUCUGUGCAGAGGAAAAAGAAGAUCUGCCUGUGAGUAUUGUUAUACUGUGUUUGUACGUAUGUUGCUUGCACAAUUUAUGUUCAAUUAGCGGUUGCCUAAAGGGAUAUAAUUGAUUUCCCAUUAUGCGUUAGCAUUAAGUUAGUGGAUUUUUCUACAAAGUUAUAAUGUUGUUUAGGACACAAAGGUGAAUUAAGUAGAGUUUGCUGUCACGACACUAUGCUUGUAUCAUAUUUUUCCUCACAAGUCCAAACCAAAAAAAAAAAUCUGCUUCACAAUGGCUUUUGUCUUCAAAAAUAAAUAAAAAGUCAGGUCACUCAUAUCGCAAAGCAUCACUGUAUAGUGAGUAGGGAAUGGGCGGAUGACUCCGAACACAGCCAUUCAUGUAUUGGCCCAUUUUUUUCUUAAUUUUUCCAGAAAACGCGUGGAACCAAAAGUUUUUGUUAGUUUCGUUUUGGUAACGUUCUAGUCCUCGGUGAGAAAAAAAAAACCUCAAGUUUGAUUGGAAGUUCCCAUUUUAUUUGACAUUGUAAUGGGUUUUAAAUACUAAUAAUACAGCAAACAUAGCAAAUCUUCACAUUCCCUGCCUAUUUGUAGCGUCUUUACUAAAGGAGAUGCCUUCAGCCGUAGAGUAGUCGACAUACGCACGUGUAAUUUGACACUUAACGUUUUGCUUCCAAUCCCUGAUAUUCUUUUUAAACAAAUAACGACGGCCACUUUUUCGCCUGGACUGAUUACAUUAGGUCUUUGUCUCAACACAAAAACAGUAGGUAUGCAUUUAUGUCAAGUCAUUUCUUCCAGCUUCCACUUAUAUUUUGCUCAGUCCUAAUAAAAGAAGCCAGACCUGAUAUUUCACACUAUGCUGAACAUAUAUAUAGAUAAAAGAGGUCAUUUUGUGGGAUUGUAGCACAACAACGAACAAAAGAUUCGAUUUCCCUUUGGCAAUGGCUUUAUUUAUAUGUUUUGGUGUGCAUGUUUUUUUAAGUGUUUGGUUCUUUAUAUUCCAUUUAGUUGUCUGUAUAUUGUCUCACAAAGCUUCUGUGCAAAAAAAACCCCCAAAAAACAAAAAAAAGGACUUCCAUUAGAGUCAAAGUAAAAGUUUACAUUCAGAAUCUAUCAUUGAACAGUUUUAGUUUGUCUUUUGCGUGCGUGCGUCUGCGUGUGUGUAUGUGUGUUUCCUUGGUCGGUAUGUGGCCUUGUUGCUCAUGACAGUAUUCACAUGUGUGUAUUCAUGAUUUUAGUAUACAUGUGAGUUCCUGCUCCAUUUCCUUCAUUUUGUAUGUUCCGCUUUGUAUUUCUUUGCCAAGUUGCUGUAUUCUCACAUGCUUUUCCCUUGUGUAAUAUAGAAAAAAGGAAAAUCAAAAGCAAAGCGGUUUAAAAAAAAAUUGGGUUAUUUUUCACUGUAGGUAGUCUUUUAUACAAUAAUACUGUAAGAAUAUUUCUUGAAUUCUAAAUAUUACUCUUUCUAGAUUUUUGGAAGCAAAGGUUUUGAGUAAAAAGUUUCUUACUUUAUUUUACUAUAUUAGGUAGUAAAAUGUACGCGGUCACUUAACCAUAACCUGUUUUGUUAUUCCCGGAAAUGUCAAUGUCCAUUCGCAAGUCUCUCGUGGUUGACUGAGAAACAUUUGUGUCAAAACGUCGAACAUGUUGUCUGUGCACAUCUGGAAAAGGCGGCAAUGAAAAUUACAGUUUUUUUCAACAGAAAAACAUGAUGUAUAUAACAUUUAUGUUGCAAUAAAUGUGCCAUCUUUUUU